GGCUGUGAGUGGCUGGCUGCUGGUGCUAAAGUCUGUCAGUGCAAUAAAAGUCAUGUAUUGAUUUAAUUUCGUUAUCAAGGGGCCCAUGAAUCGACUGACAGUGGAUUUGACAGACCACUGUCCAGUUCAGUAUGGCAGAGGAGUAUUUAAUGGAGGUGUGUGUGGACUCCGUGGAGUCGGCUGUCAAUGCUGAACGAGGAGGUGCAGGGCGGCUUGAAUUAUGUACUAGUCUUCUGGAGGGAGGGCUCACUCCCAGUCUGGGUCUGCUGCAGAUAGUUAAGCAGUAUGUCAAAAUCCCCGUCUACGUCAUGAUACGGCCCCGUGGUGGGGACUUCCUGUAUUCAGACCAUGAAGUGGAGGUGAUGAGAAAGGACAUAGAGCUGAUGAAGAGCCACGGGGCCGAUGGACUUGUGCUGGGAGCCCUGACAGAGGAUGGACGGGUGGAUGCAGAGCUCUGUAUGGAGUUUCUGGCUGCUGCUCGACCUUUACCUGUCACUUUCCAUCGAGCUUUCGACAUGGUUCAUGACCCAGCGGUUGCUCUGGAGACUCUGGUUUCAUUAGGAUUCCAGCGUGUGCUCACAAGCGGCUGUGACACCUCUGCCUUGGAGGGACUCCCUGUCAUUAAACGUCUUGUAGAUCAGGCUAAAGGGAGAAUUGCCAUCAUGCCGGGUAAAUACAUUUGCUUUAUUCAUGCAGUUUGUACAGGUUUUCUCUUCCCUCACUUUUAUGUAUUUGUCAAUACAGGAGGAGGUAUCACGGAGAGAAACCUGCAGAGAAUUUUAGAGGGGUCUGGGGCUCAAGAGUUUCACGGCUCAGCCCGCUCCAGUAAAGACUCUGCCAUGAAGUUCAGGAACACCUGUGUGACGAUGGGAGCUGCUUUCUCAGCACCUGAGUACGGCCUGAAGGUGGCAGAUGUGUGCAAAGUCCGGACUCUGACUGCAAUAGCCAGAAACACAUUGUGAAUGGGUACUGUACAAUCAUGACAGUGAAAAAAGCAGAUACCUCAAAUGUGAUUGUUGAUUUUACUGGUAUGUCAUCAUUUUCACUAAAGCCCAGAUUAAGAAGAUAUUUCAUGUUUUUUUUUUUAAUCUUUGAUAAAUCCUUUGUAAAAAAGAAAAAUCUCUCUGUGGAGAGUGAUGGAUAAUUUUUAUAUAUCGGUUUACACCUCUGUGUGGCAUCAGAAAAAGUGUGAUAGAAUACACUAUAAUAAAGUGCUAAAUUAGCAGGGCCGCUGCUGAUUGAGUAAUCUAUUUUACCCUUUUCAAUACAGUGGCGUUUCAAUUAUUUACAACACUCCUUGUUUAAAGUGGAAAAUACUAAGCUGUGAUCUCCUGUAAUAUUUUUAACCAGGAAAGAACUGAAUAGGCGUGACUUCAUUCAGUUUUCUCACAAUUUACCCAGUUUUAAGAACAAAUUAACAAUUCAGCGCACUUUCUUUGGUUGUACUGUCCUCUACACUGAGGAAAGAAACAGUCUCUCCUUCAUUUCAUUUAAUAAAUACGGUGUACUAAUGCA